AUGUGCACCGUGGAGCACCCGGUGGCCCUAAGGCCGGGUCUUUUAUUUUCUUUGAAAGUCAUCAUAAUGUGGGACAGGAAGUUCGUUAUCCGCAAUGCGGAUAUGCCCGACGAAAUGCAACAGGACGCGAUCGACUGCGCGAACCAGGCUUUAGAGAGAUACAACAUAGAAAAGGACAUAGCGGCACACAUCAAGAAAGAGUUUGAUAGGAAACACAACCCCACCUGGCACUGUGUUGUAGGCCGGAAUUUCGGCUCAUAUGUAACCCACGAGACGCACAACUUCAUCUACUUCUACAUUGGCCAGGUGGCGGUUCUGCUGUUCAAAUCUGGAUGA